AGCGAGAUAAGAGUAUGUAUGAGAGUUUGUGCAGAUCACUCACCUUCCUUCACGUACCACAGGUUCCGCCAGAGAGCUUGCCUGUAUCAAGAUGGCUGAAGGAUGAUCCCGUUCGAAACGCUGCCUUAAGACAUCGAGCCUUUAUUAUACAUAUCUAUGGAUUCUGAGGCAGACAGCAGACUGGCAGACGUUUAUGUGGACAGAGACGAUGUGAAAUACAAGUACAUAUUUUCACAUAUUAUUAUAUAGAACUGAACGAACAGUAACUCCUUUACUACAAUACUUCAAAUUAAAAAUAAAGCAUAAUCAAACACAAAAUGUCCUGAGAAGACUUUUUACUUUUCUACAGACACUACUGUCAAAAUACGACACCAUAUACUUUGAUAUGAAAACACAGAAACUAAAGAAGACAAGUGCUGUCAGCAAUUCAAUAUUAUUUUUUAUUUAACCUUUACUUUAACCAGGAAACUCCUUGAGAUUAAAAUGUAUUUUUUGAGAGUCACGUGGCCAAGAAGACACAUCAUUGUAAAGUUACACAUAUUAUAAGGUCGAACAUGACACAAAUGAUACAGGACAAAGAUAAAACGCAUUAAACAAUCAGGGGACUAAGAUGCACAAAAUCAAAUCAAAUCCAGCUCAGUUCAACUCUUCAGUUCCACGUCUACAACAUAAUCCCACGUGUUCUUUCAUAGUUUGAUGUCUUCAGUAUGAAUCUGCAAUGUUGAAAUUGAUCAAAAUAAAUGAAAUCCAUUGACGGUGAAGGUGUGUCCAAACUUAUGACUGCUACUGCACAUCCAGAUUAAGUCUCUACAACACUAAAAAUAAAACACACAUCCAGCAGCUGUUUAUUUAGGACACUCUCGGGUUUCAGUCGCUCCUCACUCUUUUUAUUUUCACUUUGAGCUGUGAUCGACUCGCAGCAGAAAGUUUAUCUGCAGAACUAAAACCUGUAAAACCAACAGAAGUGAAUCUGCAGCAGGUUCCAGCAGACACGGAUUGAUCCGGAUCGAUGGGCUGUUGAAGCCGGCAGUAGGUCUCCAGGAUAUUUAUUCUGAUGUGACAGUCACAUGAUGGAGACUGCAGCACCUGUUACAGAUGUGCAGCCACGAAAGCGCAGAAGCAGCUUUGAAUUUCUGCCACCUAACCUGUCUGAGCUGAGGGUUGUUCUGCUGGGAGGCAGCUGGUCCGACAGGAGUUCAUUAGGAAACAUCAUACUGGGAGAGACUGCUUUCAGCCAAACAUCCAAGUCGUUUCUGAGAAGCAGUGGACCAGUCGAAGACAAUAAAGUCGCGGUCAUCAACAGCCCAGAUCUGCUGUUUCCUACUAUAGACAAAGAGACAGAGUUUAUACGAGGAUGUGAGGAACAGUCUGCUCCUGGACCUCAUGUGUUCCUGCUGGUUGUUCAGUCUGAAGACUUCACUGAGGAACACAGCUUGAGGCUACAAAGAGUCCUUGGCAACUACAACGAUCGAUCAUUUGAUCAUUCACUGCUGCUGAUAUUAAAACCAAGAGAGGACCGUCCAGGUUUGACGGAGAAACACAUGGAAAAGGCUCCCUUGAGAGGCCUGAUCAGAAAAUGUAGAUACAGAUACUUGAUGGGGAAGAACCUUGAACGUGCAGAGCUGCUGACACGCUUCGGUCAAAUUGUAAAAGAAAACAAUGGAGAACAUGUGAGCUAUGAAGCAUAUAAGGACACAACAAAAACUUUAGAAGGCGGCUAUCAAAGCCCACAACACAAGAAAACUCCAAGAAGUUCUAUCACAGCUGCUGUUAAAGCUGCUGGGCUGCAUGAACAAAUCCCUCCUCAACUGUCUUCGUCUCAGAUGUCUGCAUUCAGGAUUGUGCUGCUGGGGAAAAGUGAAGACAAAAAGACAAGACUGGGAAACCUUAUCAUCGGUCACCAAGGAUUUCAUCAGCAAACACAUCCUGCUACCAGGCACUGUGUGGCCAUGUGUGGAGAGUGGGAAGGAAAACCUUUAACAGUCGUGAAAACUCCAGACAUGUUCAGUCUGUCUGAGGAGAUGAUGAGAAAAGAAGUGAAGAGCUGUGUGAGUCUCUGUUCUCCUGGACCAGAUGUUCUGCUGCUGUUAGUGAAACCUUCAGAUUUCACUGAAGGCAACAGAGAAACUCUGAAGUUCAUCCUGAGUCUGUUUGGUGAAGACGCCUUCAAACACUCGAUGGUCGUCAUGACGCAUGACAGUGAAAUAGAAUCCUUCAGGUGUAUCUCCCUCUGUGAUCCUGAGGGCGUCCAUGCCUUCAUCCUGGUCCUACCUGUGGGUCUCCUCACUGAUGAAGACAAGGCAGAGUUACAGACCAUCCAGAACACAUUCAGCUCUAAAGUCACAGACUUCUCCCUCAUUCUGCUCACUGUGGAGUCAGAUCCUACAGCUUCAGCUUUUGUUGACUCUAUAAGACAGAACAGAGACAUCCAGGAGCUCUGUCAGAGCUGUGGAGGAAGAUCUGUUGUUGUCAACAUGAAGGACAAGCAGCAGAUCCCAGAGCUGCUGGAUCAUGUGGACCAGAUGUCAGAUGAAGGAUCCAGAUGUUUCACUAAGGACAUGUUCACUGAGGCUCAGAUGAAGAAGCUUGUAGAGCAGAAAAACAUUAAUGCAGGACUUAAAGCUGAGCUGCUGGAAGUCAAAAAGAAAAGCGAGAUGGGAUCAGAUCAUGAAAAUCAGAGCAGAGAGAGUCUCAGGAUGGUUCUGAUCGGGAAAACUGGUAACGGAAAGAGUGCAACUGGAAACACCAUUCUGGGUGAAGAAUGUUUCGAAUCCGAGGCCAGCUCAAUGUCUUUGACCAAGUUUUGCCAGAAAGAAACAGGAGAGGUCGAUGGACGAGCCGUCACUGUGGUUGACACCCCCGGUUUGUUUGACACGACUCUGUCCAACGAUGACGUCCAACAGGAGCUGGUGAAAUGCAUCAGCUUGUUGUCUCCUGGACCUCAUGUGAUCUUACUGGUACUGCAGAUCGGAAGAUUUACAAAAGAGGAAAAAGAAACUGUGGAGCUGAUCACGAGAGUUUUUGGGGAAAAAUCAAGAGAUUACAUCAUGAUCAUAUUCACCAGAGGAGACGAUCUCAAGAAAUCAAUUGAGAGCUACAUCGAAAAAAGUGAUGAUCUUUUACAAAAGCUGAUCGCUGACUGUGGAAGGAGAUAUCAGGUCUUCAAUAAUAAGAAUCAGACGGAUCGAACACAAGUCAAAGAGCUGAUGGAGAAGAUCAACAGAAUGAUAAAGGAAAACGGAGGCAGCUGCUUCACCAGCGACAUGUUCCAAGAAGCUGAAACAGCGAUACAGAAAGAAAUGGAGAAUAUCCUGAAGGACAAGGAAGAAGAGAUGAAGAGAGAGAGAGAGGAGCUGGAGAGAAAACAUGAGGAAGAAAUGGAAGCAAUGAAAAGAAGAAUAGAAGAAGAGAGAAAAGUGACAGAACAAGAGAGAAAACUCAGAACAAAACUACUAGAAGAAAUGGAGGAAAACAUUAAGAAGGAGCGUGAGGAGAGAAAGAAAGANAGUUUUGCUCACUGA